AUGAGAAGACAAUUAAAUAUUUCAUAAAAUUAGUAAACAACAGACAGAAUGCAACAGAUUGGAGCGAUAAUUAGAUAAAAAUAAGCCUUUGAAUUAUUGAGUUACACUUUGCUUUCAAAUUCUAUCUAUGUAAUUACAGUUUUGAUUUUAUGUUUUGAACUUGCUUAUGAAGGAAAUAUGUUAAGUGUGAUAUAUUGCAUAGAUUCAAAAUUAUUAUUAUAAAUUCUGCAUCAACUAUACUAUUAUAGGGCAUUUGCUAAAAUAAAUGUAAAAUACAAUCACGCCUUAAUAAGAUUAUUCUAACUAUUCAUUGAAGUAUGCUAUGUGCUCUCACUUAAUAUCUAUGCUGUCACUGGAAAAAAUAAGUUGAUGCUGCUUUCAAAUACUUUUCCUCUUAUAAAUAUCUCCUUAUCAUUGAUAGUAAAGUUAAAUGAAGGGAAUUAGUUGCUAAAAGAAUCAGUGCAAUAAAUUAAUUUGUUUAAUGUAAUAAGAAACUCUUGUAUUUUGCUAAUGUCUAUAUUUUUCAGUUUAAAAAUAGAAGGAUACUUGGAUAUUGAUUGGUUAUACGCUUUAUGGGUAUUUUGGCUAUUAUUUAGUCUGUCAGCAUCAUUCAUUAUAUAUUACAUUUUCGUUGUAUUGGCUUUAAGCAUUCAAGUAAUAUUGGAUUAGGGCAAUUAUGAAAGAAACUAGGUGAUAAAGAAUAUGUGGAUAUUGCUGUUUCUGAUAUCGUGUUCCUCAAUGUGUUUUGUCAUACCAAUAUCGAUAUUAAAUUUUACUACUGAAGGAAAUUACGAGGGACCUGUUUAAGCAGGUAGAAUCAUCCUAAUUGCAAACUAAAUAGUAUUCUCUUAUUUUAAUGCCAAAUUUAAAUCAGAGUUAAUUUUAGCUUCAAAAAGGUUCUUGUCUCUAAAUGACUCUGUAAAUCCACUCCAUACUAUGAUUACUCAACAAGGGGAAGCAUAGAUUCAGCAAUUUAAUAAGUAAGAAUACUUAGAGAGUCAAACUUCAGAAGCAUAAUUUCAAAUUCCAAGAAUGGUCAAAAGAAUUUCGAAAACUUAUUUUGGAUUCGAUGAUCUUAAUUUAUAGAAAAAAAGUGAUUCCAAAAUAUAAGGAUUAAAUAAAAAGCCCACUCAUCAUAAAGCCUUAUCAUCUCAUAUUCAAAAGCCAAUCGAAUAGAAUGAUGAAAGGAUAAAACUUGCAUCUAUGAUGAAUCUGAAAUUUAAUGAAUAAGAAAAUAUAGAGGAAUUAAAAGGAACUUCCAUUUUGCAACACCAAUAGAAUGAAAAUUAACAAAACUCAAUAUCAUUGUCAUCCAUCAAUUUAUGUUGUAUUUGCUAUGAUAGUAAUCCAGAUGCAUUGUUUAUGUAAUGCGGUCAUGGUGGUGUAUGUUAUCAUUGCGCUUUAGAUAUGUGGAAAAAUAAAGAUGAGUGUUAUUUAUGUAGAAAGAAAAUAGAUAGAGUGUUAUAGAUUUAAAUCUGUGAAAAUUCUAAGAAUUUAUAUUAAGUUGUUGGAGCUACUUAAAUGAAUUCAAGUUCGUAAAAAAAACAUAUAAUUAGUUAAUAACAUGAUUAAUGA